AUGGAAGUAUAUGUGGACGAUAUACUUGUGAAGAGCAAGAAGAAGACCUCCCACAUAGCCGACCUGACGAAGUCAUUUGAGGUCCUCUGUAGGUAUCAGAUGAAGCUUAACCCAGAGAAAUGCGCGUUCGGGGUCUCCUCUAGCAAAUUUAUAGGGUUCGUGGUAAACCAAUGCGGAAUGGAGGUGAACCCUGAAAGGAUCCGAGCUGUAUUAGUAAUGCAACCGCCUCAAAAUCUAAAACAGAUCCAAUGUCUGAAUAGGAGGAUCAUCGCGCUAAAUCGGUUCGUGUCACGAUCUACAGAUAAGUGCCUACCGUUCUUCAAGAAGCCUGAAACCUCAGGAAGGCUCAUGAAAUGGGCUCUCGAGCUGAACGAGUACGACAUAAGCUUUGAACCAAGAGCUGCGAUGAAGAGUCUACCGGUGGCCGACUUCAUCACAAAGCUUACCCUACUCCCCAACUCGGGUGUAGAGAACUUAAACAGAUUGGUCCUUAAUGUUGAUGAAUCCUCAAACGAGAAUGGUAGUGGGGCCGAGUCCUCCUCCAGGCACUUAAUGGAUAUCAUUCGAGUAUGCAGUAAGGUUCAACUUCCCAACCUCGAACAAUGA